AUGUUCAAAAGUCUCGAUCCCAUCAAUAUUUGGAUAGCAAUAACAACAACAGCAACAACAGCUGCAACAAUAACAAGAACAACAACAACGACAACAAUAGCAUCAACAACAGCAGCAUCAGUAUUAUCAUCAUCGUCAUCAUCCUCAUCAUCAUCGUUGUUAGCAAUAACAACAACAUUAGCAUCAGUAUCAUCAUCAUCAUCAUCAUCAUUGUUAGCAAUAACAACAACAUUAGCAACAGUACCAUCACCAUCAUCAUUGUUAGCAGUAACAACAUUAGCAUCAGUAUCAUCACCAUCACCAUUGUUAGCAAUAACAGCAACGACAACAGCAGCACUGAUAUCGAAAACAAAGUUUGAUAGAAGUUUGUUAAAUGAAACAUUCGAUGAUUAUAACAUAUAA